AUGCUCUUCAAUUCGGUGCUCCGCCAGCCCCAGUUUGGCGUCCCGAGAAAUGGAUGGUCUUCACAGUACCCGUUACAGUCCCUGCUCACUGGCUAUCAGUGCAGCUAUAAUGAUGAGCAUACUUCUUAUGGAGAAACAGGAACCCCAGUUCCUCCUUUUGGAUGCACCUUCUCUUCUGCUCCCAAUAUGGAGCAUAUACUAGCAGUUGCCAAUGAAGAAGGCUUUGUUAGGUUGUAUAACACCGAAUCACAAAGCAGUAGAAAGAAGUGCAUCAAAGAGUGGAUGGCUCACUGGAAUGCUGUCUUUGACCUGGCCUGGGUCCCUGGUGAAUUUAAGCUUGUUACAGCAGCAGGUGAUCAGACAGCCAAAUUUUGGGAUGUAAAUGCUGGUGAGCUGAUUGGAACUUGCAAAGGUCAUCAGUGUAGCCUCAAGUCAGUUGCCUUUUCUAAGUUUGAGAAAGCUGUCUUCUGUACAGGGGGUAGAGAUGGCAACAUUAUGGUCUGGGAUACCAGGUGCAACAAAAAAGAUGGAUUUUACAGGCAAGUGAACCAAAUCAGUGGAGCUCAUAAUACCUUAGACAAGCAAACCCCUUCAAAACCUAAGAAGAAACAGAAUUCCAAAGGGCUUGCUCCUUCUGUGGAUUUCCAACAGAGUGUUACUGUGGUCCUCUUUCAAGAUGAGAACACAUUAGUCUCAGCAGGAGCUGUGGAUGGCAUAAUCAAAAUAUGGGAUUUACGUAAGAAUUAUACUGCUUAUCGACAGGAACCCAUAGCAUCGAAGUCUUUCCUGUACCCAGGUAGCAGCACUCGAAAACUAGGAUACUCAAGUCUGAUUUUGGAUUCUACUGGCUCCACUUUAUUUGCUAACUGCACAGAUGACAACAUCUAUAUGUUCAAUAUGACUGGAUUAAAGACUUCUCCAAUGGCUGUCUUCAACGGACAUCAGAACUCUACCUUUUAUGUUAAAUCCAGUAUUAGUCCAGAUGACCAGUUUUUAGUCAGUGGCUCAAGUGAUGAAGCUGCCUACAUCUGGAAGGUCUCCAUGCCCUGGCAUCCUCCCACCGUGCUCCUGGGUCAUUCUCAAGAGGUCACAUCUGUGUGCUGGUGUCCAUCAGACUUCACAAAGAUUGCUACUUGCUCUGAUGACAAUACGCUGAAAGUCUGGCGCUUGAACAGAGAUUUAGAGGAGAAAUCAGGAGGAGAUAAACUCUCCAUAGUGGGAUGGGCCUCUCAGAAGAAGAGAGAGGCGAAAGCCGACUUUGUGGCAGUGCCCAGCAGCCAGAGCACUCCGGCCAAAGCACCCAGAGCAAAGAGCAGCCCGUGCACCUCCUCCCCGUCGUCGGCAGCCUGUGCUCCGAGCUGCGCCGGGGACCUGCCCCUCGCUUCAAAUACGCCCACCUUCUCUCUUAAGACCCCUCCUGCCAAGGCCCGGUCUCCCAUCAGCAGAAGAGGCUCUGUGUCCUCUGUCUCUCCCAAGCCACCCUCAUCUUUCAAAAUGUCCAUUAGAAACUGGAUGACCCGAACGGCUUCCUUAUCACCACCCGUCACUCCACCUGCUUCUGAAACCAAGAUAACGUCUCCCAGAAAAGCCCUCAUACCUGUGAGCCUGAAAUCAUCCCAGGCAGUGGCUUGCUCUGAGUCUAGAAACAGAGUAAAGAGGAGGCUAGACUCCAGUUGUCUGGAGAAUGUGAAACAAAAGUGUGUAAAGAGUUGCAGCUGUGUGACUGAACUUGAUGACCCCGUUGAAAAGCUUCAUUUGGAUCUGUGCUGCCUUGCUGGUACCCAGGAAGAUCUUGGGAAAGACUCGCUAGGUCCUACCAAACCAAGCAAGAUUGAAGGAGCUAGUAUGAGUGUCUCCGAGCCUCCUUCUCCUGCCAGUCCUUAUGCUUCAGAAGGCUGUGGAACGCUACCUCUUCCUUUGGGAUCUUGUGGAGAAGGCUCUGAAGUGGUAGGCAAAGAGAAUAGCUCCCCAGAGAAUAAAAACUGGUUGUUGGCCAUGGCAGCCAAACGGAAGGCGGAGAAUUCAUCUCCACGAAGUCCAUCAUCCCAGACCCCCAAUCCCAGGAGACAGAGCGGAAAGACCUCUCCAGGCCCGGUCACCAUUACUCCCAGCUCCAUGCGGAAAAUCUGUACAUAUUUCCAUAGAAAGUCCCAAGAUGACUUCUGUAGUCCAGAACAGUCAACAGAAUUAUAG